AUGGCGACAGUGCUUUCUCGAGCGCAGCCUGGCGGGCUGUUUAGGGCGCUAGCUUCAAGCCAGGCCUCGAACGGUCAUGGCACGCUGUUGGGCUCCCUCAGGAGGGCAUUCUCGGGAGAACUAGCAACGAUCGAGAAAGGCGGUGCACGGGAUGUCGAUGCCGUGGACAUGAAGGGAGUAUCGAUCCGGGGCGCACCACUGUACCUCGACUCACAGUCGACAACGCCCCUCGACCCUCGGGUCUUGGACGCUAUGCUCCCGUACAUGACGGACCUGUACGGCAACCAGCACUCGCGUACGCACAUGUAUGGCUGGGAGACCGAGAAUGCGGCAGAGAGAGCACGCGCGCAGGUGGCCUCCCUCGUGGGCGCGGACCCGAAGGAGAUCAUCUUCACGUCAGGAGCGACUGAAUCGAACAACAUCGCCAUCAAGGGUGUCGCGGGCUUCUACUCCGGCAAGAAGCAGCACAUCAUUACGACGCAAACCGAGCACAAGUGCGUUCUCGAUUCAUGCCGAUUCCUGCAGCAGAAAGGCUGGGACGUCACCUACCUCCCAGUGGACAAGCGCGGCCUGAUCAGCUUGCAGCAGCUGGAGGACUCGAUCCGCGAGGACACAGCACUGGUUUCCGUCAUGGCGGUCAACAACGAGAUCGGCGCCACGCAGCGGGUUGCCGACAUCGGCGCCAUCUGCAGAGCGCGCAAGGUCUUCUUCCACACCGACGCCGCACAGGCUUGUGGAAAGAUACCCGUCGACGUGAAUGAGUGGAAGGCGGAUCUGAUGUCCAUAUCUGGUCACAAACUGUACGGCCCCAAAGGCGUUGGCGCGCUGUUCGUGCGUCGUCGUCCUCGAGUGCGCAUCGAGGCUCAAAUGUCUGGUGGUGGCCAAGAGCGAGGGCUGAGGAGCGGCACGGUUCCCACGCCACUUGUGGUGGGCAUGGGUAAGGCGUGCGAGGUGGCACAGGACGAAAUGGAGGCCGACCACGAACACAUCGUUCGACUCGCCGACCGCUUCCUGACCAACCUUCGAGGUCGACUUGACGGUGUUGUACUCAACGGGGCCGAGCCGGGUGAUGCCAGGUACCACGGGUGUCUGAACGUCUCUUUUGCUUUCGUGGAGGGCGAGUCACUUCUCAUGGCGCUCAAACAGGUUGCUGUGUCGUCGGGUUCCGCGUGCACAUCGUCGUCUCUAGAGCCCUCCUACGUCCUGCGUGCGCUCGGUGUCGAAGAGGACCUUGCGCACACGUCAAUCAGGUACGGGAUCGGGCGGUUUACCACUGAAGCAGAGGUGGACGAGGCAGUGGCGCUCACGGUGCAGCAUGUCAACCGACUGCGACAACUGAGUCCGCUGUGGGAGAUGGCACAGGAAGGGAUCGACAUCAAGUCGAUCGAAUGGGCGCAGCACUGA